GAAGAUGCUGCCCUGGACUCAGUUGGUGUUGGUCUUUCUUAGCGUGGCGCAGGCUGUGGUAAGCUGCCCUGAUGUCUGCAAAUGCUCCARGAAGUCUGGCCCAGAAAAGUCCGAAGUCAACUGUCAUAAAAAGGGUCUCCGUAGCCUUCCUUCCAAUCUGCCUCCGGACGCCUGGAUCCUCAAACUGGGUGAGAAUGGCAUCACAACCCUAAAAGCCAAUUCAUUUAGAUCAGCGCCCAAGAUUGAGAGCAUCAACCUGGAACGAAAYGCAAUCAAAUCCAUCCAUCCCAAUGCCUUUUCUGGUGCCAAACAACUGAUGCUGCUCAAUCUUUAUGGCAACCACAUCACAGUGCUMCCCCCAAGGGGGUUUCAGGACCUCCUGAACCUUCGUUUCCUCAUGCUGGGCCAGAACCAGAUUGGGAUUCUCAAAUCUGAGAUGUUUGCUGGCAUGAGGAACCUCUCAGACCUCGAUCUACCUCUUAAUGCGCUGACAGCGCUUCCGUCUAAUGCCUUCAGACCUUUGAUUGCCCUCAAAGUGUUGGACCUUUCCCUSAAUCGAAUCCAAAGGAUUUCUCCAAAGGCCUUCACUGGACUCAGACAGCUCCUGUUCCUCAAUCUGGACAACAACAGUCUGAAAACUGUCCCAUCUGGAGCAUUCCGGCCGCUGAGAUCACUGGAGAUGCUGGUUCUGGACAACAACCUCUUGUCAACACUGAGUCAGUCAGCUCUGGAUGGCCUUAGCAAUCUGCAGGAGCUCUACCUGAGGAACAACGAGCUGGAGCAGCUGCCAUCUGGUGCGUUCAGCAACAUGCCCAAGCUCUCCCAGCUUGGACUCAGUGGAAACCGCCUGAAGACAGUGGAUGGAAACAUGUUCAGCCAUAUUCCAGARCUGAAGAAGCUGCACCUGCAUGAGAACCCGUGGCAGUGCGACUGUAGCAUCAUCUCCCUGGUGAGGUGGAUGGGACAGACCAAGGCCGCCAUGUCGCCCCGGGACGCCCCGAAAUGUGCGAGCCCACCGCAGCUGAAGAACAAGAGCCUGAGCAGCCUGCGGCUGGCGACGCUGCAGUGCARCGCCUGAUGUCCAGGAGCACACCACAGCAUGUGGACACAUUAAUAUGUCAAAACCAACUUACUUUUUAGUAUUUUUUCUGUUCUAAGCUACAGUGUGGAGAACGUACACACCAAACUCCUAAUGUAAUUAUAAAUUYAUCUCGAACCUCUGAGCUGAUGUGUUGUUUCAGAUCCCAUGUAUGUUUUUUUCCCUGCUUCUCUUUGUGAAUGUUUCUGACAUCAAACAGCAUUAAAAUCUCUUUUGCUGCCAAAGAUUUUAAUUGGACAAAGUGAGGACUGUCUCCAUCAACGGAGACCAUGUCUGCUUCCUAAGCUCUUAAAUUCAGCUGUGAGAUGAACAUUAAUCUCAUAAUCUCAUAUUUUCCAAAGAAUCUAUCCAAGUAUGGAAAGUGAGGGAUUACAUGCAAAAGGAUUACAUUAAUCUUGUUCGAGAAGAGUGCCUUAAAUUUUUGUAUUUGGARCACGAAGUUGAGAAAGRAAGACGUCUCAUUCGCUGUGGUGAAAUAAAACUAAAAUAAAAAUGGAGACAGUUCCAGUCAGGCUGUUAAAUCUGUAUUCUUUAAAAUGAAAAACUAACGGUAAAUAUGGUGCUUAUGUUCAGUCUUAAUCCUGCRGUAUUCUGUUUUUUCUUUAGCUUUGAUCUGCAACAAAGACAUCCAAAACGUUUAGCAACAUACCAUUGCCAUCUUAGAAGAUGUUGGUGGCAGCAUCAUGCUGUGGGAUGAUUUUCUUCAGCAGGAAUAAGAAAGCUAAUCAGAGAUGAUUUAGAGAUGAAUUCUGCUAAACGUUGCACAAUAACAGAAGAAAAGGUUGGAGUUUUCAAAAAACUUGAACCUGGGGCGGAGGUUCACCUUCCAAUAUGGCAGCUAGAGACAUUUCACUGACGUGACUUUUAUAAAAAAAAAAAAUUAUUUACAUAUUUGUUGAAACUGACAGUUCAAUAUGAGAGAUUAUGUGUGAGAAAAAGGAGCUCCUGACAACCAAUCAGAGCCAGGAGGUGGGCCUUCGCUUGUAGACACGCCCAUCAUUCCCAUACCCACUUUUWAUCUUUAUCAACRAAAUAGUUUGAAAGCCAUCUUAUCAGUUUGCUUCAGUUUUACCUGAGACAUGACUUUGUGUUCAUCUGUCACAUGAAAUUCCAAUAAAACACACAGAACAGUGGAAAUAUCAGUACAUGUGAAGGUUCUAAAAUGAAACAAUGGAAGGCCAACACAUCAGUGCAGAAGUUAUUUUAAUGAAAAAAAAAAAACAUGAAUAUUUUGAAAGAAGAAAUGACUUGGUGUUUUAAUUCAGCAGUAUUGGGCAGGUAGAGCGGAGCUGCUGCAGUGAAUCUGUCCACUGAUCAUUUCUCCUUUAUCUCUGACAGUCAGACACAACAAUCAGGCUGAAUGGGAGGGAAAGAGGCAGAGCAUGCAGACCCUGUGAAACCAGCCUAAAGAACGAAAAGCAAAGGCAGACAGAGACAGCGGUAAGGGGAAGGAGGACGGUUUUCUGAGCUCAUGGUUGCUGUGGUUCUCUGUGUAAUUGACAUCUGAACUCCACACAAAGCCUCUGACAUGACAACACCAGSGUCUCUCUUGCUUGAUCAUUUCCACCUGCAUUAAACCUGCAAUUAUGAGGCAACGUCUGAGAACAAUGUUUCACUUCUGCUCUGUUCUGAGCUGGAGCUCAUUGUGCUGCUGGAUAUUUGACAGCAGAGUCGGCUGAUGUUCUCCCUCCUUUUUCUGUCAUGUCUUUCUUUUGUUUUGAUGUGUUUUUUUAAACAGCCAGUUUAAUGCAUAAGAAACUCGGCUAAUCUCAAACAGGAGAUUGAAGCUGAAGCUUCACGUUUGGGUUUAAUAUUGCAUAUUUGAUUUCCUGUUGAAACCGCUGUGUCUUCGUACCUGAUAAUACUGUUUGUGACAGAGAUAUUUAUUGUAUGCAAAAAGAUAUAAAUUUGGAUGCAGAAGAAAAUAUGAUAAAAAAAUGAAUCUGAUGAACUCCUGACUUUAGAAAAAUGAGAAAACAAAUAUCACAUCCUCCUUGAUAUUUAAUCUGCUGAAGACCUGCAGUUCUCUUUGAGACAUUAUUUCUUUUUUAAAUAAGACCUGUUUAUUCAGGUUCUCAGAACAGAUUAAUGGUUAUAUAGUUAUGUAGAAAAACCCAGAUUUUUUUUCUUUUUACUCUCACAUCAUGAGUCAUUUCAACCAAACAGGUAAACACAGAGCACAAUAACCAACAAACACAAAGAAAAAAAAAACUGAAGAAAAUGUGCUUUUAAUAAUUUAGC